GCAAUCAUUACACACUGCUAAAAGCAGGGUUGACUUUUUGUCCUUACGUUGCUGUUCAACACUAUCCUAGGAAUUGUUGUAAAGUACAUCACUCUUCUGAUUUAACAAUAACUACUGAGUGAGGCUGUACUAAAGAGCAUUUCUGCAAAUGUUUUCAUCACUUUUUGAAUAAAAUCUACCCUAGACUGUUACCAUAUAAGAAAUGCCAAGUCCUCGAGAAUUCACUGAAACAAACUCAGGAUCUAGGAGAGGUCGUCGUUCGUAUAUAAAAGCUGAAACGUUAAAUAAAGGGAUGAAUUGUGAACCUAUCAUAUUUCAUCGAAAUUGCACAAAACGAAUUAUAUCGCAGUCCCCAAGAGGCAAACCAAAACGUAAAGCUGGUCGUCCUCGAAAGUAUAAAUUGGAGAAUUUAGAUUCACCAUCCUUUUGUGAGGGAUUGGAUUCAUCAACUUGUCCUCUUAACCUUUCCUCAGACAAAAUGUCAUGCAAACGUCAGCGUAGAUUAUCGAAGGAUGAUUCUGAAAGUGUUGUGAAUCAGAAAUCUGACAAACUGAAUAUUAAAGUCAAGAUAGAUGAAUCUCCUUACAAACAGUUAACAACAUCUUCGUCUCCUGAACGACCAAUGGAUGAACCAAUAAUCAAAAUAAAAAAAUUUACAUGUCAGGAAUGUGGAAUGCAGUUUAAAACGAAAGGAAGAUUCGAUAAACAUAUACCUUGCCGUGUUCAUCGUGGUUCUGAGUACGUACAAAAACCUCAAGUGAAAAGAGGCAGGAAAUCCUUAAAUUCAAAGUCGCUGAACAAUAUGAAACUACUUCCUUCCACGGUUCAACGGAAAGGCGUUGAUGAUAUUGAUGAAUACUCAUUACUUGUUCGCAUACUUGGUAAAUCACCGAAAUCAUAUAACUGUGCCAAAUAUAUGAAUGAUGAAAAUUUCAAAGAAGCAGACGACAACAGCUCAGAAUUUUCCACUAGAAAGUCAUCGUCGAUAACAGGAACUCUUAAAUUUAAUAUUUCUCCUAAUCAUACUGUUGAAUUUUUGGUUAGCGCUAAUCUACUGGCUGUGAAACAGUGCAUUUCCCUUUUGGAUAACAACAAUUCAGCUCAAUUCAAUGGUGUUGUGCCAUUGUCAACAUUGGAUAAAAUUAAUGUGUAUAAAACACGAAAAGACUAUUUAACUGAAAUCAAUGGUGUUUCUUCAUCAUUACCAUUCACUUGUUUACCGUCUUAUCAUCGAUCUGUUGAUUCUGUACUAGUUUCUUCUACAUCUUCAGUAAUAAAUGCAAACAAAGAGAAACAAGUGAAUUACAAUACUAAUAAUACUAAUCAUAUAACAUCUAAUUAUCAGAAUGAUUAUUCAUUUCUAUCGCAUAAUGUGAUGAAUCUGUCAUCGAAUCCACUACUACUCGAGGAAUUUCGCGAUCGUAGUCAAGAUGAAUUACAGGCUGCACGAACAAUUCUAUCAUUAGCUCAUGGAGCUACUGAUAUCAUUUUUAAUAUGGGACAAAUUACCAUGGAUAUAGACAAUAAUAAUGCGUCAAUUGCCAAUAAUAAUAAUAAUAAUAACGACAAUUUGUGUGAAUUAAACACAUACAACACUGAUGUUGUUACUAAUGUAACUGAAUCUAGAAUUUCAGGUGAUGAAGUUGCUGGAAAUUCUCAAUGGGCGUCGAAACACACAACCGAUAGUUUUCAGCAAGGGAAUGAAUUAAACAGCAAGUCAACUGCGAUAAUACCAUCUAUUAUCCCUGGUUCAAUACAAUCAAAUAGUCAGUCAAAUAUGGUGUUAGAAAAUAAUGUAUCUCAGGCGACAAUUUUGCAUGAUUCAGAUAAGUGUAUUUCACAGGCGAUCAAUACUGCUAGUGCUACUACUACUAUUAUACCUGCCAUUCAAACUACUACGGAUUAUUUGAUGACCAGCACAGCAGCUGUUACGAUGCUAACAACGACAACAACUGCUACUACUACUACUACUACUAACACCACUUCUCAGUCUUCAAAGUCUGUUUCAGAUACAUGGCAUCCAAUUUCUAGUUCACAGAAUAAUAUCAGCAGUAAUAAUAAUCAUAAUAACAGUAGUGCAGUACACAGAAAAAUUCGUCCACCACCUAAGAAACGUUUGUCAACAAAUUAUUCCCGAUCAAAUUCUUCUCGUUCAUUGGCAGACAGUAAUAACACACCAACAAAAUCUCAGGACAAUGCUAAUCAAAUAAAAUCUUCAUUUUCCUCUUCUACUACUGUAUGUGAGCCAUUAGUAGUUGCUAAUCAACCGAUCAAACCAAUAAUCAGUGUUUCUGCAAUUUCUUCAUAUGCUUCAUCAACUGAUCACAUUGAUACGUUGUCUACUUUCUCGUAUUCUUCUUGUACUUCUUCUACUUCAGGUGUAGGAUUAGUCUCUGCACCUAUACAAUUAACUAAUGUGGUUUAUGGUAAUCCUAAUCUUAUUCCAUCACACACUACAUCGCUAACACCGUUUAUUCCUAAUCAAGAUCUUACAACACAUCCACCUAAUCCAAUGAAUGCCUUCACAAUGGUUUUUCCUACACCAAGACCAAUUACACCGACACCACAAACAAUAAAUGGAACUCAACCAAGUUUUUUCAUAUUACCUCAAUUAAUGGUUUUGCCUAGAUUUGUUGGCUCAUAUAUACCAAUGAUAUCUGCACCUGAACCUUAUCCAUCUAUAAUUAAUCCUGUACACAGUUCAAGUUUAACUGAAACACGAUCGUCUACUUUUAUGACAAGUUCACUUGUAACACCUAUUCCAACAGUUCAACCAGACUAUUCAACAAAUCAACCAGUUCGUACAAUUAUUCUACAACCGCCUCCACAACCAUCAUUACCACUGACUCAACCAAUGUCGAUGAUUCUUGGCAGUGAAACAGUUACAACACAGACUUCUUCAGACGACAGUCAUUUAAAACCAAUUAAUCAUAAUCUAAACAGUGAUGAAAUAAAGGAAUUAAACACCUCAGAUUCUAAUAAUGUGAUAGUAUCACAGCAAUCCGAAAUAUGUUCAGUGAAAGAUAAAUUACUACUGCCCACCCUGUCUAAUCAGAAUAACGCAAAUUGUUCAAAGAAAUCAGAAUUGACAAAAUGUAUUUGGAGUGGACCGAAUAUUACAAAACCAGUGCCUAUAAGACCUGUACCAGAAGCGUUUAAAGUCAGGUCAUCCAAUGUUUUACCAUCUCUACAAAGUAAAUCCGUGCAAGAACAUCAACAGCCGCAGCAGCAGCAGCAACAACAACAACAGCAACAUCAUGGAUUAACAGGUCAACAGCAGACUGCUUCAGAUCAAAAGGUGUUAUCAACACCUGUUACUUAUCAUGAUAUGACAAAUAACUGGACUAAAACCACUGUCAGCUUGACAACAGCUAUCGUCAAUACUAUAACUGAUUCCCCUGCUUACAUCAUCAACCCUCCUCCUUCUCCUAUCUGUAUUGAUCUCGUUUCUCCUGUUAAAACUUCAACUGUUGAAACUACCUUAGACACUAGUCCAUCAUGUCAGACAUCUCAACAAUCUCAGAAUAAACUUGUUACAAUCUUACCUGCUAAUCAAUCAGAUAAAAUCAAUAAAUUUCAAUAUCGUUCACUUCAUUAUAAAAAAAGAUUAAAUUUUGUAAGACAUAAUAAUUAUAAAAAGUGUUUAUCUACUUUGCAUAAUCUACAAGUAUCUACUACUAAUGCUAAUACUACUACGACGGCGACAUGUUUACGUGGAAAAUAUCGAUGUCAAGAUUUUCAUUCAUUGCAUAGUGUUAAAUCUUAUCCUUUAAGAAAACACUGGCGUACACAUACGGGUAUUCGACCAUAUAUUUGUCAUCAUUGUGAUAUUUCUUUUACAAAUCGUGGCAAUCUAAGCAAGCAUAUGAAAUCACGUUGUCAUCAUGACAAGUUUUUAAAAGACUCAGGAUUAACUCAAAUGCCUUUGUCAAAUAGCAUUUCUGAUUCAGAGAGUCAAUUUAAUGGUACAUCUAACAACGAAGAGAUUAGUGUAGAACAGAAAGAUGAUAAUGAUACUACUACUACUACUACUACUACUACUACUAAUGAUGAUAGUAAUAAUACUGUCUGUGCACCUGAAGAUCUUUCAAAUUGUAGUAAGGCAUCAGUUGUUGCCUCGACAUCACCAUCGUCGGUAUCAUGUAAAACCAGAAAUUCGAAAGGAGCAGUUAACAGCUGUUCGAUUCCGAUGAAUAACAAAAGAAAUCAAGACAACCCUUCAACACAUAAUGAUAUCCAUGCGGCUAUUCCUAAAUCAUCAUCAACUGCACCACCAUCCCCAGUAUCAUCGUCGUCGAAUUUAUCCUUAAAAUCUUCAGUUUUACAGUUCAAUACAUGUUCACAUGUAUCAGAUUCAUCUAAUCGUAUUCCAGCUCCAAAUGUUAAUGCUGUUAAUUUAUCACAGGAUUUACCAAUGAAUUUAAGUGCUAAACCUCAAGAACCGAUUGCUUUAAUAAGAUAUGUUGUUGAUCCAUCAACUUAUGCCAAAAUGAAUGGUAUUCAACCAGCGAAUUAUCUUAAUCAUCAUCAUCACCAUACAGACAAUUUAUAUGAUAAACAAAUUCCAAGCAACUGUCUUCCAUCAGCAGAAGUGAUUGUUCAAACAGCUGUUGAAGCUGCUCGUAGUCUAGCAUCGGAUAAGCCGAAUUUAAGGCAACAAACAAAUAAAUCGAAUCAUUCUACUCCAGAUUCAAAAUACUUUGAGAAGACAUCUAGUCCAGGUAGCAUAUCUGGUGCAACAAAACACACUGAUAUUCGCAAGAGAAAUUGUAAUACUUCCAAUGAUUUUGAAGAACAACACUUCCCCAAAGCCUUACGUACUUCUACACCCAAUCAUCUAGAAAAUAAACAGAAUGAUAAACCAUGUCUACUUCCACGUCCUGCCAGUAAUAGCAGUAGUUGUGGUAGUGCCAUCAUUUGUACAGAAGAUUCUUCAUCGAAUAAAUUAAAUAAGGAUACGAAACAGAAUAAUAAGCUGGAGACAACACCUGUUACACCAACUACUGUUUCAAGUAAAACAGAAUCACCUCCACGACAAAAUCAUGGAGUUAAAUCUCAUAAUUGUCUAAAAGAUCCUCGCCCAUACAAAUGUAAUACAUGUGAUGUUGGCUUUCGUGUUACCGGACAUUUAUAUAAACAUUAUCGAUCUAAAACACAUAUGUCAAAUAUUCUACAAAUGGCUCAAUUAUCAAGCAGUACAAUUGAACGUGUUCUCCAGUGUCAUAAUGGUAAUCCUCAACUUAUUAAUCCAGAUACUGGUGAAUUGAUUAUGACAACACUGGAGAAAUUAAUUCCAACUUGUGAAAUUCCUACAACAGUACCAGUUAAUACAGUAACAAAUGGGCAUAACUGAAAUAUACAUAUAUUCAUUUCUCAAUAUUGCUAUUUGUGAUCAAAAACCAACAAUCUUUCUUUUUUUUUGUACAUAUGAUUGAAGUUUUUAAAAUAAACAACCGAUACCUAUUUUUUGCCCCC